AUGAAGGAUCUUGGACCUCUUCGAUAUUUUCUUAGUCUAGAAAUUUCUCAAGGUCCGCAGGGUAUACUAUUAUCUCAACAGAAGUAUCUCUUGGAUAUUCUAGAUCGAGCUGAGCUAACUGAUGAUGGAACUGUCGAUACUCCACUCCAACAGAAUAUCAAAUUUCGUUCUACUGAUGGUGAGCCUCUAUCUGAUCCUACCCAAUAUCGACAUUUUGUUGGUCAGUUGGUCUAUCUGUGCAUCUCUCGAUUAGAUAUCUCUCAUGCUGUUGGCAUUGUCAGUCAAUUUGUUAGUGCCUCACGUUCUAUACAUUAUGCUACCUUAUUACGGAUUCUCCGGUAUCUCCGGGGUACUAACACUCGUUCUCUUCUGUUUCCUGCUAUAUCCAAGUUAGAGCUUUGUGCAUAUUCUGAUGCUGAUUGGGCUGGUGAUCCCACUAUCAGGAAGUCUACCACAGGUUAUUGUAUAUUUCUUGGUGAUUUUCUAAUUUCCUGA